AUGUUUGUGUUUCAUCUUACGUACUUGGCCCAGGUGCAAAGCGCAGGUGCGGCCUUCUACAGCACUUCAACGAUCGCUGAUCAUGUGGAUGUAUUUAUUUCGCACUCAUGGUCCGCUGGGCGUUGGGGAAAAUUCUUUUCCCUAUGCCUAUUCUUCAACUUGGAAUUGGCAAUCAAGUGCUCCUUUGCCAUGUGGUCCUUGCUAGCAAUUGCUUUGGUUGGAAUGUUUGGAGUGGCCGGUUUGGGAGGAAAUGCCUGUGUGUUUCCGUGCCUCGUGUGUUUGCCUGUGGUUACUUUCUUUGUCGUUUUCAUCUUUGGUCAAGACCUGACUGGUGCGCGCUGGUCUAUGUCCUUGUGGGUGGAUAAACUAUGCAUUCAUCAAACAGACCUGGACUUGAAGGCACAACAAAUAGCGGCACUACCUGUCUUUGUAGCUCAUGCUUCCCGGAUGCUCAUUUUAUGGGAUGAAACCUAUUUUGAGCGACUUUGGUGCAAUCUGGAGCUCGCAACCUUUGUCCAUCGCGGCGGAAUUCAAAACGUUGAUCUCCUGCCACUGUGGCUAGCACCAUGGUUGCUCUGCUCCAUUCUGUUGGAUCUGCUCAGCGCCAGUCUCUUUGAAUUGAUGGAGCAUGUUCUUCCCAAUUGGAGCAUGAGAUGGAUCCCCCCUAUCAUGGAAGCGACAGGGUCGAUGCUAGGAAAAAAUCCGGCAAUGUUGAACUUUGUGGCAGUAUUCAUCGUUUGGAUGUUUUCUGGCGUUACUUACCUCAUGGUGUCUGUGCCAAGUUUUUUUUCUUUUCGCAUGAAGCUUCGAAACCACCAGCUCCUCCUGAACCAGAUGUCAUCCUUCGAUGUGCGAGCUGCCAAGUGCACAUUGCUUGCAGACCGCAGUGCCAUUGAGGAGCACGUCGUCGCAUUAUUUGACAGUGGAACUGUGCCCCUGAAGGAAGGCAGUGGUGUUGAUGAUGGCGAGGUCCGCCUGCAAAGAUUCAGUUUGGACGAUCGCGAUCCCCUCAGCUGCUUUAAUGAACAUGUCAAGGGACCCCUGCGUGCAUUGGUGGAAUCGCAGAUUGGUAGUGAGCUGCAUGUGCCUUUUCAGAUUGCUUUGACUGCCUGUCUACCCAUGAUUUUCUAUUCCUCUGUGAAUGUGCUGGCCUGCGACAACGGACCAUGUGAGACAUCCGCAGUUUUGUCUGGCUACUCAUCGGUGACCCAGUACAUGGUUACUCAAGUCGUGGGUUGGACGCUGACCAUAUUCCUAUCAUUCCCAGUCACUUCCCCCAUUCUUCUUCGUAUGAUCGGCUUUGUCGUCUCGUGCAGCGAUGGACCGCUGGAGCUGUUCAUGGCUCUACUUUGCUGCCCUUUAGCCUACAUUUGGAUCACAAACUUAAGAAUGCAUCCCAGAUCGUAG